CCAUUCUAAGGAAUAAGUACUUAUUAUCUGUAUUUAUUUGGUAAUAAAAAUGUUUUGUCAUGUUUUUUACUAAUUUCGCUUUAUCAAUUUAUAUACAAAAGAUGUUUUGAGUUUAAAAUGUAUAUUUUGGUUUGUGAAAUAUAAGUUUUUAAUUCAAUCAGUUACUUAUAGUGAAGCAUUAAGAUUUUUGAUAAUGUAAUUUUAUUGUUUGCAAUGCAUCCUGUUCGAAGACGUAAAAAACGACCUAACUAUGGUGUACGUAUGGUGGAAGUUAACAGGGGUAAAAAUGGCUUUGGAUUCACUAUUUCUGGACAGCAACCGUGUAUACUUAGUUGCAUUGUUCCUGGAAGUCCUGCUGAUCAAGCAGGUCUUAGAGCAGGUGACUAUUUGGUAGCUGUUAGCAACCAUAAUGUUAGUAAGCUAUUACAUGAUGAUGUUGUACAAUUGAUUGGUGGAUGUCAAUCAGCAUUACGUUUACAAAUAGCAGAGAAUUAUUAUUCAGAUAGCUCUGAUGAAGAGUUUAAAAAUGAAUUAGGCAGACAGCGACCAAAAUAUCCACACAAAUCUAGACCAGCCUUAACACCUAUUAAUGUUAAUAAAAUAAGAAAUGAUGAAGAUUAUGGCAUGGAGUUUCCUCAUAUAUCAAAGCCUUGUAUUCGUAAUAAUAAUUGUUCAUCAUAUGAUAAAGAAGAAAUAACCAAUUAUAACUUCCAAAUAGUUGUGAGGUAUUUAGGAUCAAUAGAAAUGCCAUGUAUUCCUGCUGGAUCUCGACUUCAAGUUGUAAAGAGUUGUAUUAAGCGUUUGAAAGCAGAAAAACGUUCACAUGCAGCUGUACUGAUGACAGGAUAUAGAUCUAAUCUUUGUUUACAAAAUAAUGCUGGAGUGACAUUAGCUAUGUAUCCAGGUAGUCGAGUUAUGUUCUGUGCUGCCAGUUCUGAUGAAAAUAGCAAAUACUUUGGUGUAGUUACUAUAUCAUCUAUUGAUGAUGAGCCAUCAAAUUCUUGUCAUGUAUUUGCUGUAGACCCAGCUUCACAUGAAGAACACUGUACACAAGCUAAAAGUUUUAAAAUUACUUGUGUUAAAGAUUCUAAUGGUUUAUGUACUCAUUUUCCACCAAACUGUAAUCAAGUUGUAAUUUCUAUUGAAAAAUAUUAUAAAAAUGAUGUUAAUCGUAUUUCUAUUAAUGGUAAUUCACCACAUCCAAGUCAUGAUAGUACUACAACAACAAGUAACAGUGACUCAGGUAUCGGGUAUAAAGAUUAUUGUGUUAUGCAGACCGAUAGAAUUUUAAUGGUUGAUGUACAGAAUCAAUGUUUACACAUCCAACAAGUAGGUGAUAUGGCAACACAUUGUGUUGAUUGUUCAGAUUCUAUCACUCCUAAGGAUAAUGUAAUAGAACGGGGUCCAAGAAGUCGUUCGCCUUUAAGUACUAGCUCUGUUGAUCUUGUAUUUAGUCAGUUAGGACCUGAUUAUCCUGUACUGAAUAGAUCACCUGGACCUCGUAGAUCAAAAAGUGAAAGUAGUGUACAGCAAGAAAAUAAUUCUUGUGAAGGAAUGAGUUUGGGAAGCAGUUAUCGAAGUCAAGAAAUAUUAUCAGAUGUCAAAACCAAAUCAAAUACAGUAUUUGAUUGUUUAAGAUAUCCACUUGUAACUCAAAGCUUAGAAGAUUUUAAAACCAAUGAUGAAGAUUGUGUUGCUAACAUUUGGGGAAGUUUGCAAAAUGUUAAAGAAGGAACAGAAGAUUUUGGGCCAGAAACUGAUGGUUUUUGUAAUGAUUCAAAAACCAGUCAAGCUCAGGAUUGGACAUUAUCAUUUGAAAGGGUUUUGCAAGACCCUUUAAUUUCACAAAAUUUUGCAGAAUUUUUGAAAAAAGAAUUCAGCGCAGAGAAUUUAUAUUUUUGGACAGCCUGUGAACAUUAUUGUUCUACUGAAGAUCAAGAAUUACGAUGUGCUAUUGCUCGAGAUAUAUACACUAAGCAUUUAGCUUGUGAUGCUAUUGAACCAGUUAAUGUGGAUUCAAAAGCUUCAAAUAUCACUACUGAACAAAUUGAACAAGCUGAUCCUCAUCUUUUUUUACAGGCACAAAAACAAGUAUUUAAUUUAAUGAAGUUUGAUAGCUAUCCUCGAUUUGUAAAGUCUGAUCUUUAUAAAAUGUAUUUAGUUGAACAAAUAAGUGAUCAUAUACCAUUUAACGAACAAGAUACAACUAUUUUAAAAUCCUUGCAAUAUCCUAACAAAAAGGAUUCUGAUAUUGAAGAAACAAAUAAUAUGAGCACUGUUGAACAUCGUAUUAAUACUGGAAGUCGUCGUAAAUCAUUACUGUCAUGGAGACGUCAGUCUUCUGUACAACCUCCAUUAACAUCUGGUUUGUGUCGAGUGACACUUCCUGACCAGUCAUCAACAGUAUUGCAUGUAUCUCCAGAUAUUACAGUUCGAGUUCUAAUUCAGAGAUUAUUUGAUAAACGUGGUUAUCCCUAUAAAAACUUUAAAGUCAAAGCUCAAUCAAAUAGUGAACAGAUCAUUGAUUCAAAUGGUAAUUCUUGCUUACUAGAUGGUUUAGAUGUUAAAGUUGAACCUAGAAUAUCGUUCAGACUGGAUCUACCUGAUAGAAAAACUAUACAUGUUGAUUGUAAAAUAGACUCAACAAUUGGUCAAGAAAUAGGGCCUAUAUUGUCAUCUUAUGGUUAUAAAAUUGAAUUGGUAACAUUAUGUUCUAUUAGUGAAAAUGAAGUUAUUGAUCCAGAUAUUGAUGUUUCAAUGGUAGAAGAUAGACGAAUCCAAGUUUUGACUCGUAAUCAUAUGACAUCAUUUGCUCAAAGUUUUACAAUAAAAAAUGGACAAAAUCCUACUAAUUUAGAUGAUUUAACCAAUCAAGUAUUUGAAGAUUUAUUGCAAAAUAAAAAUCCAGAGUCAAUGAAACUUCCAUCAGAUCAAGGAUCUUUAAAAUCUGAAGAAUGGGGAUCAGAACAGUCUUCUAGUUUGAUUAGUAGAUUUUUAAGAAGAGAUUCAAUAUUUCAUGAAAAACAAAGAAAAAUCAAAAAGACAUGUAAAUCACAAUGUGUUAUUCAAGAUCAAAAAAUUAAUAGUUCUGAAAAAAAACAAACAUUAAGCAAACUUCCACCAAUUAUAGCUAAAUUUAAGCCAAUUACAAAAAUACAAAAUGAUCGACAGUCUGAAAGUGAUGCAUUAUAUGAAGGAUUAAAACGUGCUCAAAGAAGUAGAUUAGAAGAUCAACGUGGUACCGAGAUCAAUUUUGAAAUGCCAGACUUCUUAAAGGAUAAAGAAAAUAAAACUGUAGAUACUAAUAAAAAACACCGAAAAUCAAUUAGAUUAACAGAGCGUAAUAGUUUAAACAGAGAGUCAGCACGAUUUUACAAAUCUGUUAAUGAUGGAGAAUUUAAAAGGCCAAAUCCAAUUGCUGAAAAUAGUACUAAAGUGAUGAGACAUCUUCCACCUCCUCUACCACCUAAACCUAAGAACUUAACUAACGAUCAGCAAAUAAAAAAAAAAAUUGAUAUUAAAACUAAAAAUCCUGUAUAUAUUGAUAAACCAACGAGUAGUUUUGUUUAAAUAAUUUAUUUAAAAAUUAUAAAACUAAAUUGUUAAUAUUAAUAAUAUACAGCAAAACAUUUAU